UUCCUUUUCGGGAAGCAAGGGGGUGUGUCCGGAGGCGCCCCCUCCCUCGCUCCUGCCCGGCCCCCGCGGCAGCCCCGCUGCGCGUAGGUGGAGUCCUCGAGCCGCUGCCCCCCGCCCCGCCCACGUGGCUGCCGCGGCCAUGCUGAGGACGCUCCCCCGAGUGCUGCGACCCCUGGCCCCCCGGGGCCCGGGCCGGAACACGGCCCGCGGCUGGGCCUCCCGGGACGAAGCUCUGGGCGCCGAGAUCCAAGUGGGCGCCCUGCGAGGGGAGCGGGAUGCAGGUAUCGUUGAGAUCUUGAUGAAUAGACCUCAGGCCCGAAAUGCUUUGGGCAAAGUCUUUGUCAGUGAGUUGUCAGAUGCCUUGGACGAGCUUCGCCUCGACAGGAGUGUCCGAGUGGUCCUGUUCAAGAGUGGUGUCAAGGGGGUAUUCUGUGCAGGUGCUGAUCUGAAAGAGCGAGAAAGAAUGAGUGAGCCCGAGGUGGCCACCUUUGUGCACAAGCUCCGGAGUCUGAUGAACCAGAUCGCAACAUUUCCUGCACCUACCAUUGCAGCCAUCGAUGGGUUUGCUCUGGGGGGGGGCCUGGAGCUGGCCCUGGCCUGUGAUCUCCGUGUGGCAGCUUCUUCUGCCAUCAUGGGACUGAUAGAGACUACCCGAGGACUCCUUCCAGGGGCAGGGGGGACCCAGCGCCUACCUCGGUGUGUGGGCGUGAGCAUGGCCAAGGAGCUCAUCUUCACAGGACGUCGAAUCAAUGGAGAAGAAGCGAAGGGCAUUGGGCUGGUGAACUAUGCAGUGCCCCAGAACCAGGAGGGCACUGCUGCCUACCACAGGUCCCUAGAGCUCGCCAGGGAGAUAGCUCCACAGGCCCCCAUCGCAGUGAGAAUGGGAAAAGUGGCCAUUGACAAAGGAAUGGAGGUGGACAUCACAUCCGGAAUGGCCAUCGAAGGAAUGUGCUAUGCCCAGAACAUCCCAACCCGGGACAGGCUGGAGGGCAUGGCAGCCUUCCGGGAGAAGCGGCCACCCCGUUUUGUUGGCGAGUGAGUCUCUGACGGUGUGUCCAGGGGUGUCUGCCACCCUGCAGCCUGGGCCCCCAGAGGCAGGAGCACUUAGGAAAGUCAACCCUCUGUUCUGUCAUAAAAUCCUUCACUUUGGUUGGUA